CUUCCGCUAUUACCCAUCAGUGAUUGUGUUCCUUCGAUCUAGUGAUACUGGUUGAUGCUUACGUAAAAUGAAUCAGGAAGUUGUGAUUCACAAGAUCUUGCUCCACUGAUUACCCACAGUAAAACUGAAAGUAGCAUCUGGAAGCUGAUUUGACUGUUUCACAUCUUUUUUAUAGCAAACCAUAAGAUGGCAAAGAAAGCACAAAGAUAUGAAAUCCAGAUGCAGCUCUUUGAGCCAAAGUCAAACUUGCCUGUUUUAACUGAAGUUCCAAUUCGCCCUAAAACUGGAUUUCAGUACAUUUUCAAAUGGGAGGAUAAACUCAAACGCCAAGAGUGGCGUUCAGAUGGAUUCCGUUGGAGGCAGUACUCAACUGUUACAUUCAAGUUUGGUGAUGUUGAUUGCAAACGUUAUUACUUCAAGGUGCAAGUGGGGCCAGGAAAUGAGUAUACAACAGAUUUCACCAGACAUGCAAUUGAAAGUCCAUUGUAUGAGAACAAGAUCUUAAUCUGGUACCAAGGUGAUGAUUCCCUUGCUGUUAAUGCUGCUCUCAAGGAUGCCACAGAACUGGAUAAGCAUGGCAAAACACCACAGCGAUUCGAAAAUCAAAUGAAGCUUUUUCUACCCGAAGCCGGUUUACCAAUACUUAGUGAAGUUCCUCUUCGCCCGAAAGGGGGUUUCAAAUACAUUUUUAAGUGGGAAAUUCCUUUAAAGCGUCAAGAUUGGCGGGUUGAUGGUUACCGCUGGAGACAAAAUUCAGUGACAAGAUUCACCUAUAAUGAUUUGGAAUCCAAGCGCUAUUAUUUCAAAUUGCAAGUGGGUCCUGGAGAGGAGUUUAGCACGGAAUUUACCAAAAACGCUAUUGAAUGCCCAUUACACGAAAAUCAAGUAUUAGUGUGGUAUCAGGGAGACGAGUCUGUGGUAAGAGAUUUUGCCCAUGGAAACUCCAAGGAUCCAGAAAAGGAAUACCAUCGUACCGCACCGUCUGUAUUGAAAAAAAUUCAGAUGGAGACGGUGACAGAGAAGUUACCCCUGCAAGUCUAUUCGGAUCUGUUAACUGACUGCUCUAACAGGUCUCGGCAUAUGAUAGAUGCACCCAGAGACGUCAAACAAAUUCAGAAUGCUCGGAAGUUCAUCCGCAGAGCGGAACGUUCACUCAAUGAGACACCAAAUGAUAAGAAGCAGAUUCGGAAUACACCAAAGAUGCAGCGUAAAGCCCUUAACAAGACCGAACGUUCAAGCUAUGAGACGAUAGAUGCUAUAUACAACUUGUACGCUAGUGGCACUGGUUUUGUGAGUGACCUUCAUGUGGCUCCAAAUAUUCUUAUCAUUUGCUUCGAUGAAAGUACCGUGGCGGAAUUCAGGCAAUUCAUCAAAAGAGAUGACCUAACUGUACAGUGUCUUACGUACGGCAGCACAUUUAUUUUCGGCGAGUUUUGCCUUUCAGUCUUAACAUUUCGACAAACAGAGUUUGAAGACACUCCCGUAAUCCCGCUGAUGUACGUGAUAUACGAAAAGGAAACGCCCUUAGUUCAUGAUACCUUCUUCAUGCGCUUCGCAACGGCAGUCCCAGAGUUUGAGACACCUGAGCGAAUCAUCAUCAUCAGUGAUGAAGACGUCGCAAUCACCAGUGCCAUCGAGAAAAAUUGUCCAGGCAUUAUGAGACUUCGCUGCUGGCAACACGCGCUUCAAAGCAUCAAAAGCAAACUGCAAUCGUUAAACAUAACCGAGAAACAAGAAGUUCAGCAAUAUGAAAGUGACUUUAUUCGUUUACUGAAUCAAGACUCGGCUGGUAAAUACAAGUCGCUCCUUGCUCAGUUGUACCUAAAGAAAUGGAAGAAGGAGUUUUCUGACUAUUUUGACAUGGCAAUCGAUCCUGACAUGAACAGAAUGGCUGCAUGGGCUCUUCGCCCAUUUGGAUUAUCUCUUCAGACUGCCCACCAGCCUGAAUCAUUUAGUGGGGUCAUGAAACGACUAGGUGAAUCGGGUCUUACAUGGAGCAAGUCGUCCGUCGAUGGAUUAGUUGCAUCUUUAAUGAAAAUCACCGACUUCUUUAACGUCAGAGUAGCAAGAAGUCGAUACCGACUCGCUAAUCACGCUUAUACACUUAAAGCAAACCUGAAUGAUUUCUACGAUGAGAAUGAUACGGACUUUCCGGAUUCGAUUACAGUCGAAGAGUUAAUGAGCGACAUCAGAUUAUCACGAGCGGAAUCGAUAGCUAAGCUAGGGAAAAAGAAUAACGCUCCAACCACGCCAAACAAUGCCAGAAGGUAUGCAUCCAAACAAAACGAUACUAGCAUGGAGGGAAUAUGUAUCCUGGAGGCAGAAGCGGUGCAGGAGGGCGAUACUAAUUCGCUAACCAUCGAACACGUGAUUCUGGUUGACGAGGCGGAAUUGGAUCAAGACACAGUGAUGUACAUUUGUCAUUAGGGGAUAGCAAGCAAAACUGAGUAUGCUACAACUGAUUCACUACCGUUAUUUGCACGACGGGAUAGACAUUUGGCCUACUUUCUACAGAGUGACUAUAUCUUGCACCCCUACAUGUCUGUGUCCACUGCCUUACAAGAUGUUUUCUUGUGUGUGACCUUUGGGCGGAACUUCUUGACAGUUACAUGUCAUUGUUAUGAACGCUAUUUAGUUCAUUGUCUCGUUACGUGGUCUGUUUGACAUGUCGGUCAAAAUUUCCCCACCACAGAAUAAACAAGCUACCUUGAA